AUGGUCAGCGCCCCAGAACUAAAGAAGUACAUGGACAAGUCCCUCAGCAUCCAGCUCAACGCUAACCGCAAGAUCACUGGCACCCUUAGAGGCUACGACGUCUUCUUGAACUUGACCCUCGAAAACACCAUCCACAUCGACCCUGCCACCGGCGACAAAGUACAGAUAGGAACCUCUGUUGUCAGAGGCAACAGCAUCCAAUCGAUCGAAGUGUUGGACAAGAUAUAG